GGCUUUUGAGUCAACCCAAAAGAUACACUGCACCAAGCCACCAACUUUCUUCACCAACUCUCUCUCAAUUUUAUAACAAAGCAUUUGUUACUUCAUUCUUUUGCUGUGACUUAUUUCAAUUUUCAAUGGCUUCUUCACUUUCCGUUUCCAAACUCACAACGCCAAACGCAAGCGCUUCUUUACCAGAAGCGCUUCGACGCAGAUCUUCUAAAACGUGCUUCCUCGCUUUGGUUCCUUCCGUAACUAAUUACAAAAUUAACCUCUCCGCUUCUCUUCGAACUACUCAUUUGAACGCUUUUCAAUCCUCUUUACGGAUUAGAUGCUCCCAAGCAGAUGGAAAUGGAAGUCCUGCAAAGAGGACAGUACUUCAUGAUCUUUAUGAGAAACAAGGGCAGAGUCCAUGGUAUGAUAAUCUCUGCCGACCUGUUACAGAUCUGAUUCCUCUUAUAGAAAGUGGUGUCAGAGGUGUCACUAGCAACCCAGCGAUCUUUCAGAAAGCUAUCUCAUCUUCAAGUGCUUACAAUGAUCAGUUCAGGGAACUUGUGCAAGCAGGGAAAGACAUUGAAAGUGCAUAUUGGGAACUUGUAGUGAAGGACAUUCAAGAUGCUUGCAAACUAUUUGAACCAAUUUAUGAUGAAACAGAUGGUGGCGAUGGCUAUGUUUCUGUUGAAGUAUCUCCUAGACUUGCUGAUGAUACUCAAGGAACCAUAGAAGAUGCAAAAUGGCUUCAUAAAGUGGUUUCUCGCCCCAAUGUGUAUAUUAAGAUUCCAGCUACAGCUGCAUGUGUCCCUUCAAUUAAGGAAGUUAUUGCCAAUGGAAUUAGUGUCAACGUGACUCUGAUAUUCUCUCUUGAAAGAUAUGAAGCUGUCAUUGAUGCUUACUUGGAUGGUCUUGAGGCAUCUGGGUUAAAUGAUCUCUCUAGAGUCACAAGUGUUGCCUCGUUCUUUGUCAGCCGAGUGGACACUCUCAUUGACAAGAACCUUGAGAAAAUUGGCACCCCAGAGGCCCUUAACCUACGUGGCAAGGCAGCAGUAGCCCAAGCAGCCCUAGCUUAUCAGCUCUACCAAAGGAAAUUUUCAGGUCCAAGGUGGGAAGCUCUAGUCAAAAAAGGCGCCAAGAAGCAAAGGCUCCUUUGGGCCUCAACUAGCGUCAAGAAUCCUGCGUAUCCUGACACCUUAUAUGUUGCUCCUCUUAUUGGACCUGACACUGUAUCUACCAUGCCAGACCAAGCCCUUCAAGCAUUUAUCGAUCACGGUAUUGUAGCCAGAACGAUAGACUCAAACGCAUCUGAAGCUGAAGGAAUUUACAAUGCUCUCCAGAAGUUGGGCAUUGAUUGGAGAUCUGUUGGUUCCCAGCUUGAACUUGAAGGAGUUGAUUCAUUUAAGAAGAGCUUUGAAAGCCUCCUGGAUACCCUGCAGGAAAAGGCUAAUUCUCUUAAGUUGGUUAGUCUGUGAGGUGUGAACUUUAUUGUCAAUUAUUGCUGUGCAAUGUAAUUUAAUGUAUGACGCCGUUUUCGGAUUAAUUAAUAAAAGACAGUGGCUGGGGGUUUUGCUGUGUGCUACUGUAAAUGUGAUUCAUGGAAUCAUUGGCGAUGACAGCGAUACAUUUUACAUUGGAGAUUCUCUGCGCCUAGGUAAAGCUUGUUAUUUCUUUCCAGUUUCCAUGUACCAUGUACGAGGUUUUUUAGAUGUUAAUCAGUGUCUCAUGCCAUUUUUAUAUUUGAAA